CCGCCCGUUUGCCGCCGGUGGGGUUUUAUUCGUUUCGUUCUGCGUUGCCCGGGAUCGCGGCGCUGGGUGCCGGGGCCGCGGUUCUCCUCUAUGGGGUCAGUGAGCUGCGGGGCCCGCCGCAGCACCGCGGUCGCCCAGCGGGCACCGAGCGGCGGCUGGAGGCCCUGAGCGCUGUGUGACACCUCGGAGACGGGCCGUGCUUGGACAGCGAGCAGCCAGGCGGAGCGCUGGGGCUUCCUUCCUGCUGCCACCCCUCGAGGAAAGAGAAGGGAAUAUUCCUUAAGAAUUUCCAUGCAGAAAGGAAAACGUGCCCGUCACGCUGUGGGUGUCUGCGAGCAGCCCGAGCUGUGCUGUCGGAGCCCUUCCUGCACGGUGCCCACCUGGCUGCUGUGUCCCCAUCCCGUCCUGCAGUGCUGGCUCCCUGGCUGACUCCAGCCUGCUCCCUGCCCUGCGCUUCCCUGCUGACCUUGGCAGAGCGUUGUGUUUCUUUCCCCUCAGCUGCAACUGUAGGACCCGAACCUAAUGCCUGUGUGAGGAGAAAUGGGGUGAGAGCUGCUGCUCCCGAUGGGGUGGGUGAAGCUGUGUGUGUAGCAGGGAAGCAAACUCACAGGAGGACUGAAGCGAAUAAGGUGUAAGCGCUGACCUUUCCUGCUGGUUUUGGGGUGUUUCUGCCCCCUUUCUGUUCUAGAAGUUCAGUUCACAUUGAAACAAAGCAUUGUAGUGGGAGAUGUUCUCUGCCUUCCUGUUCUGCAGAGUUGUGGGAAGGAGGACAAGUGAUACAAAUGUAAAUUUAAUUGUCUUUUAAAAUAAAAAAAUCAUAAUCCAAGUGUUAUGCCUAAUCCUGAACAUGCUCAUUUCUCAUGCCAAGUGUGGUAGAAGUACUCUUGUGACACCAUUUUAAGCUUUUGGAUGUUUGGCGUGUUUAUUUAGGUAAUGCUUUUAGGUUGCAGUGAAUGCAGAUUAGGGGCUGUGUUGGUUGGAGGCAUCUCAUGGCAGAUACCAGAAGUUUCUGUUGAUUUACUCAACUUCACAGUAUUUUUCUUCCCUGAAUUACUUCCUAUUCUGUAUUUCUGCAACGAAUGCUCAGGGAGGGGCUACGCUUCACUCUUGAAAUAGUUUUCAACCUUGUAGGUUCAUCUUGUAACGGUGAAUCCUGGGUGGGUUUUUUCUUUUGUUUGGGCUGACGGGUUUGGUCUGGAUGUUGUGGUGGAUUUGUUUCCUUCCCAGUGGUGUGCUGGAGCUGUUGGUGCAAUGGAUGUUGCUGAGUGCUCCAGCUGGGUGUGGGGGUGGUGAUGUUCCCUGCUGUGGACCCGCCUUCAGUGGGAGGUGGUGGUGGUGGGGCUGCUCAGUGGCGGUAUGAAUGAGAAACUGCUUUCCCCUUUGGGAAAGGGAUCCAAGUGUGGUCACUGAAGCGCAUUUAAAAGUACUCUGUGACAUCUCAUUUAAAGCCCAUCGAGAAAUAAUUGGAUCCUGUUGAGUGAUGUUGAGUGUUUCCUUUCUGCUUGUUAAAAUACCGCUUAAACCUCAGCACUUCUGAACAGUGAACAGAAGAAACAGAUAAAACAAUGGGUGUAUCGGAAAGCUGCGUUUUCUUCAGUAAGAAAUGAGUUUAAAUUCUAUUUUAGCUUGGAGAUAAAUCACUAAAACGCAUCCAUGAAAUAGAUCAGGCUUCCUACCUCUCGGUAUUACAGAAAGCUCACCCCAAAUGCUGCAAUGCACGUUUUUUUGCCCGCCUUCUGUGUCAGUUGUGUUAAGAUUUCUCUGGAGCGAAGCUUGCGUCAAACAGACCCGGUUGGCUUCUAGUCUGCAAAGCUGUUAAGUUUAAUCUUGUUCCAGUUUAAUUUUAAUGUCAUGGAUUGAAAUUAUAUGCGUGGCCAUUUCUCUUUUUUGCGAAGAGUUGGAUUUGGAACGAAAGCAAAAUGGCCCGAGGACGCAAGAGCAAUAGCAUCAAACAGAGCGACUUCACUAACAGCACCAACCCUCAGGAUUUAGAGAGAAGACUUUUUGUCGGCAAUUUGCCCACAGACCACAUGACUCGUGAAGAAAUGGAAGAGAUAUUUUCAAAAUAUGGCAAAAUCAGGGCCCUCAGCAUGUACCAUGGCUAUGGGUUCGUGCAGUAUGACCGUCUAGAAGACGUGCAGGCCGCUCUGGACGGUGAGAAGGGCCGCCUUUAUAAAGGGUAUAGAUUAGAUAUUAAUAAAGCAGCGGAAAGAAGAAAUAUGAAUAAGGCUUCAUCAAGGUCCAGUCCGGCACGAAGAGAGCCCUAUGCCUAUGGGGAUGGCCGCGAUAACAGACGCGAUCGCUCCCCUCUGCGGGGGAGCCCACGGAGAGACCCCAGAGAUGGCAGGGAUGGUAGAAACGGGCGAGAUUCCAGAGACACUCGAGAUAUUCGAGCCAGAGACAUUCGUGAUGCCAGAGACCACAGAGACCCCCGGGACCUGCGAGACCUUCGAGACCCCCGGGAUAUCAGAGAUCCAAGGGACUUGCGGGACCCUCGUGAUGUUAGAGAUUUUCGUGACCCGCGGGAGCCGCUGUACGAUCGAUACAGGGAUCCGCGGGACAUGAGGAAUCCGAGAGACAUGAGGGAUCCGCGGGACGUGAGGGAUCCACGGGAUAUGAGAGACCCUCGGGACCCUUUGUACAGGCGGGACGAGCCUUACGAGCGUUACCUGCGCGUGGAUGACUACUAUCGGCGGAAGGACGACUCUUACUAUGACCGCUACAAAGAGCACUUUGACAGAGCACCCGUGAAUUCAGAAGACCGUCUGAAGCGUGAGGAGCGCCGCCGAGAGGAGCUGUACCGUCAGUACUAUGAGGAAAUCAAGAGACGUUUUGAUGCUGAGAGACCUGUUGAUUGUUCUGUGAUAGUGGUGAAUAAGCAGACAAAGGAGUACGCGGAGUCAGUGGGGCGGAAGGUGCGGGACCUGGGCAUGGUGGUGGACCUGAUCUUCCUCAACACAGAGAUGUCACUGACACAAGCCCUGGACGAUGUGAGCAGAGGAGGAUCUCCUUUUGCUAUUGUCAUCACUCAGCAGCAUCAAGUUCACCGUUCUUGCACUGUUAACAUCAUGUUUGGCACCCCACAAGAACACCGUAACAUGCCCCAGGCUGAUGCCAUGGUGCUGGUGGCCAGGAAUUAUGAGCGCUACAAAACAGAGUCACGGGAGAAGGAACGUGAGGAGAUCGCCCGGCAGGCUGCCAAGAUGGCAGAUGAGGCUGUUCUGCAGGAGAGAGAGCGCCCGCCCCCCAUGGAGGAGGGGGCCAGAGGGGGCCACCCCCACCCUCCGGGCAUUCAGACUCUACUGAACCUUCUGGCAGACAAUCGCUAUCUCACUGCUGAGGAGACUGAUAAAGUAAUUAAUUACUUGAGAGACCGGAAGGAAAGGUUACUGAGGGGGAGCACUGAUUCUCUGCAGGCACCCAUGUCGAGACCAUCUCUGGGAGCACCUUCAGCACCAACUCUGGGCAGUCAGUCCAGCCUUCCAAGCUCUCAGACUCAUCAGGGUUCACAGCCUCUGGUUUCUGCUCCUUCUGUUCCAGCAUCCUCUGCUAAUCCUCAGCAGGAGCUCCAGGCAAAAAUCCUCAGUCUCUUCAACAGUGGGGCGGCGGCGGCGGCAGCAGCUGUGGCAAACAGCAGUUCUGCACCCACUGUGGGCACGUCGGGUGGCACUCCCAGUCAGAACUUCACUAACAUGACCAGCAAUCAGGCCCGAUCAGCACAGAUGAGUGCUGGAAAUUUAAACCAGGCUCAGCAGAGGUUGCAAACUCCAAACACACAGCUUCCUUCUCUCCAAGGCCCUUCAAGAAAUGCGGGUCCGAGACCUGGAGCUCCUCCACCAGCUCAGUCGCUUUAUGGUCAGCACCAGAAUCGUCUCCCUGCGCCUGGCACUGUACCUGCCCAAAGGCCAGUAUCGUCUGGUAUCAACUUUGACAACCCUAGUGUACAGAAAGCCUUGGACACCCUUAUCCAGAGUGGUCCUGCACUCUCCCACCUAGUGAGUCAAACAGUGGCCCAGGGGCGAGCGGGGUCCUCUACCCAGCAACCUAUGGGUUCCUACCAGCGACACUAUUAAAGCUGAGCUGUCAAACCCUUUUCCCUACCCUUUGUCAUUCCAUAUUUCUAGCUGUUUAAAGAGUCUCCUGUCUUUGACAUAGGACAAAUGCCCCUGGAUAUGCAUGUCCUCUCCACUUCGUUGAGAGUGUACUCCCAGUGGCGUUGCUGCUGAGUGUUACUAGUGCUGCCUUUCCUCACCUUGGUCUGGAUAGCAGUGUUUGGAGAAGUCUCUUCUGUUUUCUCAGUGGCAGGAUAUGCAGAGAGCCACUUUGGGUAUUCACUUGUUCUGUCCAAGCUCAGGAGUUGCUGCAAUGGCAGUCCUGCAUUUUCCUCACUGCUGUGAAUGGGUGCACCUUCACAUUGUGGUGCAUUCUGGUCUUAGUAUAGAUUUGGGCCCAUUUUUGGGAAAACGACACCUUCUUGGGGUUGCAGGUUUUUGGAAUGGACACUGUUUCUUUGCUUUUCUUUUUUUUCUUUUAUUUCCUUCAAUGCCAUGUAAGCCAGUUUCAGAGGGAAAUGCAAAAGUAGCACUAGCAGCUGACCUCACGUGACGUGUGGCUGACUGCUGUUCUAUAAACCAGGACAGUGCUGUGUAGUCCUGCAGCUGGGCUGUCCUGUCCUGGCAGGGCGAGGCUGGCAAAAGCACCUUGCCUGGUAUAUGGGAACUGACAAUUUUGUUCUGACUGCAACGGGGGAUCUGAAAUGGGAGAUCUUCCAGCCAAGGCAGAGAUUUUACAUGGUCUACUGAUAAAACAAAAUCAAUCCUGCACCCAAGCAGUCAAUUUUAAGAUCAGUCUAUUAAAUUUCAUCUAUAAACUUCCUUUCCUUAUAAUCUUGCUUUGGGACAGUUGGUUACGUUGCCCAGCAGCUCAGCCACAGCCACGCUGAUGUGCUGCUGGACCUUCUGCAGCCAGUUCCCAGGUGGUCAGUGUCUGCUCUCUUAAACUUCAUCUCGGUUGGUGUUUUGUCCAUCUCAGGUGGGGAGGCAGUGCCAACAUGCAAUACUAUAACUUUCUAUGUUCUUUCAACACUUUGGUAGCUGCAGUGGGCAGUUGAGUGGAUCAGGCAGUGAUACUUCACCGUGUUUUUAACCAGUAACAUACUUUGAUACCAGAAAACAAAACUUCUCUAACCAUGCGGUCCUUCUUUGCACAGCCUUCCUGGAGUCUGUAGGCUUCCUGCAGAACCAAAAGAUGCUAAGAAAGCAAUGUUCUUGGAGCGGAGGAUUUUCUUGUCCAAGGUGGUUUGUGUUGUAGCAUUUUUUUCUCUCUGUGCUGUUAACGAAAGGACGUUACUUUUUAAUAAAAAGGCAGGAAAAACA